AUGUCGAGCGCAGAAGUUCUGGAACGGACUAGAAUCCUCAGCCUCCACGUCCUGCUGAAGCAACUGCAACUACGCCGAACUGGACAAUCCCUGAGGAUGGAUGACGAGCGUUUACAAAAGCCACCCUUCUACGUGGAUGCCGCCACGGGUGCUAGCCGACAAGACCAAAAGUCUCUCUACAAGAACACCCUGAAGAGUUCAUUGAAGCGGCUUCAGAUCAUUUCAAAGACUUGGAAGACCUCGCACAGUACUGACCGGCCUGGAGAACAGCAGUGA